AUGAAGAGACUAGCCCACACUCACCUCGCCGGCAGUGUCGUACUCUUCCUGCUGGCAGCCACCACCAUCCCCUCGACGACGGUUGCGGUGGUGUCUUUGGACGGCGAAGCCCUUUUGGCAUGGAAGGCCAGCCUCAGUGACCCGGCCGCGCUCUCCAACUGGACCCGGGCCAAGCCGAUGUGCCUCAGCUGGGAUGGCUUGUACUGCCACCUAGAACGCGUCGUGAAGCUAAGGCUCUCGGGACUCGGUCUCUCGGGCGGGCUCGACACGCUCGACACUUCAGAGCUCCAGGACCUUGUCACGCUGGACCUUAGUGGGAACAACCUCGGCGGCGCCAUCCCUGCGGGCAUCUCGCGACUGCGCUCUCUCGAAUUGCUGGACCUUAGCAGCAACAGGUUCGACAGCUCUAUCCCGCCAGGGCUCGGUGGCAUGCCCAACCUCGUCUUCCUCCAGCUCUACAAUAACAGCCUCGUGGAACGAGAGCUUCCGAGCUGCCUGUGCGACUUCCGGUCUCUUCAAUACAUGGACUUGUCGAACAACCAGUUCUCUGGGAAGCUUCCGGACUGCUGGUGGAACCUGCAGGAUCUACAGUUCAUGGACCUAUCCAAUAACUCCUUCUCAGGUAAAAUCCCCAUGGCUGUGCCAAGCCAAACCUGCUCUCUCAGGUGGCUUUACCUUGCCAGAAAUAGCUUCAUCGGUGCCUUCCCGCCGGUCCUAAGGAGCUGCAAUUCGCUGGAGACAGUGGACAUAGGAAACAACGGGUUCUUUGGGGUUAUCCCUCCAUGGAUUUGGAGUCGGUUUCCAUUGUUGAAAAUUCUUAGCCUCAGAUCAAACAACUUCACCGGGGAAAUUCCUCCACAGCUAUCACGCCAUUUGGGACUUCAGUUGCUUGAUAUGGCAAACAAUAGCUUGACCGGCUCAAUUCCGGUAUCCUUUGGCAGCUUCUUCUUCAUGAAGUAUCCACAAAAUCUUUCGGCUACUGGAUCGCUCCACUGGACAAAAUACGAUGAUAAAAUCAACAUAAUCUGGAAGGGCCAGGAGCAGAUUUUCCAAAGUGCAACCCAAUCAUUAGCCGGUAUUGAUCUGUCGGGUAAUUUGUUGUCUCGAUGCAUCCCUAAAGAGCUAACCAACCUUCUGGGCAUCCAGUUCUUGAACCUGUCAAGAAACCAUCUGUCAUGCGGUAUUCCUAAAGACAUCGGUAGUUUGACUUAUCUCGAGUCCCUUGAUCUGUCUUCUAAUGAACUAUUAGGAGGGAUUCCUCCGAGCAUGUCGAACUUAUCCUGGCUCAACACGUUCAAUGUCUCGAACAAUCUUUUGUCAGGCAAGAUACCCGCUGGGAGUCAGAUGCAGACCCUGACUGACCCAUCGAUUUAUUCCAAUAAUUCUAGGCUGUGCGGAUUUCCUCUCGAGACUCCAUGUCCAAAUACUUUCCUUACACAGAAUGAGAGAAAUGGUGGAAAUGAGGAUCAGUGGUUGUACUACUGGGUGAUUGCAGGGAUUGUGUUUGGUUUCUGGUUAUGGUUUGGGAUGCUCUUUAUAGUUAAAACUUGGAGAUGUGCUUUUCUCUUAUUUGUCGACGGCAUGCAAUGUAAGGUUAUGAAGAAGGCAUGAUGCUUUAGAUGGCAUGCAAUGUAAGGUUAUGAAGAAGGCGUGAUGCAUUAGUUGUGUUCUCUACUUUGUUGUGCAAUAGACAGAAAAAUAGUCCAAAAUAUGAGAUGGGUUGUCAACAUUA